UGUUCGACCGGCAUUCAUUGACAGACGAGUUUCGACUGGCCAGAGAACGGUCGGUAAAUAGUGCUCUUAUUAGUUCGCGCCGGUUAACACUUGUUCAAUUCAUAUUGUGAAAGCAGUAUACUGUAAAUAUGGGCGGAAAAGUUGAGAAUGUAGGCAUACUCGCCAUGGAACUUUAUUUCCCGUCGCAAUACGUUGAUCAGACUGAACUAGAAAAAUUUGAUGAGGUGUCUACUGGCAAGUACACUAUUGGUUUGGGCCAGAGUAAAAUGGGUUUCUGUUCUGAUCGUGAAGACAUCAAUUCUAUUUGUCUCACAGCCUUGCACAGACUAAUUGACAAACAAAAGAUCAACUUGCAUGAUAUUGGACGCUUGGAGGUGGGCACAGAAACUAUAAUUGAUAAAAGUAAGAGUGUUAAGACAUUUUUGAUGACAUUGUUUGCUAAAGAAGGCGCUACUGACAUAGAAGGAAUAGAUACAACUAAUGCCUGUUAUGGUGGCACUGCUGCUCUCUUUAAUGCCAUAAAUUGGGUAGAAUCUUCAUCCUGGGAUGGCAGGAAGGCCAUAGUUGUUGCUGGUGACAUUGCUGUCUAUGGAAAGGGCCCUGCGAGACCUACAGGUGGUGCUGGUGCUGUUGCUAUGUUGAUAGGGCCUGAUGCACCCCUUGUGUUUGAUUGUGGAGUGCGGGCUUCAUACAUGACACAUGCAUAUGACUUUUACAAGCCAGAUUUAUCAUCAGAGUUUCCUUAUGUAGAUGGAAAACUAUCCAUACAGUGUUACCUCAAUGCUUUAGAUAAUUGUUAUAAUUUAUUUAGUAAAAAAAUGAGAAAGACUGAUCCUAACUUCAAAGGUUUGCUUAGUUUAGAUGGUAUGUUAUUUCACUCUCCGUACUGUAAACUCGUUCAAAAAUCAUUAGCAAGAGUGUGCUUCAAUGAUUUUCUGAAUAUACCUGCUGAGGAACGUGAGAAACAAUUUCCUGGGCUCUCCGAGUUUAGUAAUCAUAAAUUAGAAGAUACUUACUUUGAUAGGGAAGUUGAAAAAGCAUUUAUGACAUAUAGCUUAAGUUUAUUUGAGGAGAAAACAAAACCUUCUCUUCAUAUUGCACGUAAUGUUGGUAAUAUGUACACACCAUCAUUAUACGGAGGUCUUGUGUCUUAUUUGAUAAGCAAAUCUCCAGAUCAGUUAAUUGGGAAGAAGUUUGCUUUGUUUUCAUACGGUUCAGGAUUGGCAUCGACAAUGUAUUCCAUAAAUGUAUGUCAUGACAUGAGUACUGGAUCAAAGUUAGAAAAGCUUAUCUCCUCAUUACAUGAAACAGUUGCUUUACUGGAUAAAAGGCAGAGUGUGGAACCCAGUAAGUUUUCAGACAUAAUGGAUGUUAGAACUAAAAAUUAUCAUUCCGCACCAUAUGAGCCUACUGGUUCUUUAGAUGUCCUGUUCCCAGGAACAUAUUACCUUGUGAAAAUAGAUGAUCAGAGAAGGCGUACUUAUGAUAGGAAACAUUAAUUACUUGUUAGUGAAAUUUUUUGGUGUAGGCUGUCUUUUAGUAUGAAAAGCAAUUAUUAUCAUAAAUCAUAAAAAAAAACAAGUGCUUAGUCUUUGUUCAAAGUUUAUGUUUGUUAUCUAUUAGUGUUAAUUAUCUAUUGGUGUUUGUAACCCAUUUUGUAUUUUUAAGUCAGAUAAAUAAACAGUAUGUAAACAUGCAAUAAAUUGUGAAGUAUUAAUUAGUAUAAUUAUCUUCAUGAACAGAAAACAAUUUAAACAUCCUAAACUUAAUUAAUCAGAACUUUAAUUUUAGAUUGCUGUUGUGAUGUGCUUGUUGGACAACGAAAGUGGCGGAUGAAAGGCGAUUGCAUGCAGCAGAGAUGCGAAUGUUGCGAUGGAUGUGUGGAGUAACGAGAAUGGAUAGAAUACGGAAUGAAUACGUUAGAGGAAGUCUGAAAGUGGCACCUGUGACAGAGAAGCUGAGGAGUGCACGUUUGGGAUGGUAUGGACAUGUGAUGAGACGGAAUGAAAAUGAGGUUGUUAAGAGAGUGUUAACUAUGAAUGUGGAAAGAUUUAGAGAAAGAGGUAGACCUAAGAAGAAAUGGAUGGAUUGUGUGAAAGACGAUAUGGGUAGGAGGGGAGUGAGCGAAGAAAUGGUAUAUGAUAGAAGAGUAUGGAAGGAGAAAACAUGUUGCGCCGACCCCAGGUGACUGGGAGAAGGGCAGGAUAAUGAUGAUGAUGUUGUGAUGUGCUUACAUUAUAUUAAUGUUUAAAAUUUUCAAACAGAAUAAACUAUUCAGGUGAAACCUAAGAAUAAAUUCAAAGUAAAUUAGGUUUUUAAGUGUAAUGCUUAUAGAAAAGCAAUGUAUUUCUCAUUAAUAAUUUGUUGAAUUAAAUUUUACCACACACAAACAUUUUAUGUUUAAAAAUGUAUUUUUGUGAACAUUAACAAAAAAGGUAAAUUGUAAAUGAAUUGAGUAUGAUUUGAAACAGCUUAUAUGAUUGAAAUGUGUGUGAAUAAAAUUCACUAAUAUAUUAUUUAAAUUUCUGGAAAUAAAAGGUUGUGUCAAUAA